AUGAGCGUUCCGCAGAGUCUUAUUGCCGCCCUGCCUGCUUCCGACCAAGUCUUGGGGGAGUCAUUCAUCGGUGAGGAAUUGGCAACCAAAAUUCUUCCUGGCAUUCGGCAAACAGAAGACGCGGAUGCUUCCAACGAAGCAUCGGACACAAGAAAGAGGCGAAUAGAAGGUGAAGAGCGACAAGCAGUAAAGCGUUUGAAAGAAACGCACUUCAGAGACUCGCUACCUACACCAUGGAAGGCGAGCUCCUUUGUCGAAGGGCCGUGGAAAAUCAUGCGGAAAGAGAGGCUUGUUCGAGAGGAGAAGUACAAGAUUUCCUUUGACACCUCCUUUCGCUCAAUCAAUCGCAUUAAGGAUCCAAUGCGCGGCAAGGGAUGGGAUUUGAAGUACACUACUGUCAGCAACUCUGAUGAUCUCAUCGUCAAGAGUUGGUAUCACUCGCUGCACCUCCGCAAGUAUAGGCAAGGCAGACUUGAGAAUCAGGAAUUAUGCCUCAACAAAUCAGUCAGAUCACGUCAUGGAGAGGCUGAGGAGAACAUCAGUAUGAUCAUGCUAAGCGAGGGGUGGCAGCCAGAAGAGUCAAGGGACAUGGGCCUCGUUAUCAACUCGCGUCGAUGGCUCAGCCAUCGAGACCACCUCUCCACCAACCAAGUAACUCAAGGAACUGCGUCGAAAGCCGAAGAAGAAAGUGUGGUACACUGCCCCGAGAACUCUCAGACGUUAGUUUAA